AUGGACCGUGCUUAUAGCAUUUGGAUUAAGUCUCUUAUAGGAGCUGGAUUGUUGGAUAAUAUCGAAGGUUUCUUGCAGCAGAUUAGUCCUUUGGAAGGUUGUGAGAUAGAGGUUGUUAGGUAUAACUCUUUGAUCUCUAAGCUUUUGAAAGAGAACAAUCUUGGGAGUGUGUAUGAUAUCUUGACGGAGAUGAUGGUGCGUGGUGUUUUACCUAACAAGAAAACGAUGAAUGCAGCUUUAUGCUUCUUUUGCAAAGCGGGAUUAGUAGAUGAAGCUCUUGAGUUGUACCGGUCGAGGUCUGAGAUUGGAUUCGCUCCUACCUCCAUGUCUUACAGCUACCUGGUUCGCACGCUCUGUGCAGACAGGCGUGUGGAGCAAGCUUAUGAUGUCUUUAAAGGAGCGAUGGACCGAGGGCAUUUUCUCGGCGCGAAGACGUUUUGUAUACUUGCAAACGCUUUGUGCUGGAACGGGAAGGCUGAGAUGGCGAAGGAGCUUGUUAUCGUUGCAUCAGAACGCGACGCGUUGCCUAAGUUUCUAGGCGGUUGCAAGGUUAUACCUGCUCUCUGCGAUGCUGGGAAAGUGGACGACGCUAUUUUGAUUAACGAGCUGUUUAACAGAAGCGGCGUAGCCACCACGUUUGGAAUGUUCGUCAGCUUGAUAUACGGGACGAUCAGGUUGAUGAGGGGAGACAAAGCUGCUAAACUCAUCGUCAGAAUGCAGGAGAAGGGAUACACUCCGACCUAUAGUCUCUAUCGAAAUGUCAUUCGAUGUGUUUGCGCGAUGGAAAGCGGUGACAGAAGCUGUUUCACCACGUUGCUUAAUUAUCAGUUGUCUCGUUGGGAACACAAAGUUGGAACCUACAAUCUCUUCAUCGAAGGAGCAGGGUUUGCAGGGAACCCGAAACUUGCGAGAUUAGUGUAUGAUCUGAUAGGUAGAAACGGUUUCACGCCGACGCUGGAUUCGAACAUCCUCAUGCUUCAGUGUUAUCUCAAAAACGAAAGAAUCGCUGACGCCCUCCACUUUUUCUAUGAACUGCGGGAAAAAGGUGAGGUCAAAAGGAGACUAUACCAUGUAAUGAUCGUUGGCCUCUGUAGAGGGAAUAGAUUGGAUGACGCUAUGCAUUUCUUGGAAGAGAUGAAGGGAGAAGGGAGACAUCCUAGUAUCGAGUGCUACGAAGUGCUCGUACAGAAGCUAUGCAACAGAGAAAGGUAUGAGGAGGCGGUUGGGUUAGUUAAUGAGUUCAGGAAAAGUGGGCGGCGUAUUACAUCCUUCAUCGGUAAUGUUCUUUUGUAUAACGCGAUAAAGAGCAAAGGGGUGUAUGAAGCGUGGACACGGAUGAGAGAUGUGGAAGAGAAGAUCCCUGAGAUGAAGGCUCUUGGUGAGUUGAUAGGAGUGUUCUCAGGGAGAAUCGAAAUGGAAGGAGAACUGAAGCGGUUAGAUGAAGUUAUAGAGAAGUGCUAUCCUCUGGAUAUGUACACGUACAAUAUGCUGUUGAAAAGGGUUGUGAUGAAUCAGGCGGAAGAUGCGUUUGAGUUGGUUGAAAGAAUAGCUCGAAGAGGGUAUAAGCCUAAUCAACGGACUGAAAGGAUCCUUGAUCGGGCUCGGCGCAUACUAGGUAAUCUCAAUUCUCGGGCAAACUUAGUGAGGAGUGGUUGGGACAGCAGACAAGGGCAGCUUGAAUAUUGAAGAGUAUUGUCGCUGAGAGAGGUUAGAUUUGUUGAAUUAAGAAAUAAGGGAAACAAUUUCUCAGUUGAGAUGGAUUCAAUUUUGGGUUUGCAUUUUGGAUCAUUGACGAUAGGUGAUGGUGAGAAAACCAUAUUCGUUUUAUGCUCCUUUGGAUUUUGGAUCUUCUCGAAGGUAGUAGAUGUUGUAACUUGCAUAGGCUUUCUUGUCUCUGGAUUGCGAAAGAUGUGUCCCGUUAGACGGAAGCUUUUGUUACCCACCAAACUGAACUGGGGUGGUUAUUAGCAUCACAUCUUCAUUACAUACAAAAUGUUUGUAUUCUUUCUUAGAAACACAACUCAGUCUUCAACAUUUUUUGCAUAAUCUUUAUUGUUUAUCAAGGAAAAUUUAUGGUU